AUGACAACGCCACCAACGGAAGAAUAUAUGACCUCAUUAUUACUGGAAGGAAGGACUUCACGAACUAUGGAACAAAGGACCAUAGUAACUGCGCCUGAAACUGGGCACGAAACUCCGCUCGAAACUCCGUUGUUCUCGUUAACAAACCUGAAUCAAGUGCGAGCAGCGUUGUCAUUAAGCAUUAGUGUGUUCCCUCUCGUGAAGCCUGGCUUUGGCGUUGAAGAAGUUGAUCUUCCGCCCCUAGCCUGGUUCUGUGUGAUACUUGCUUAUAUGGUGUUUACAAUAAAUCGGUUUCUUGGCAUACGCGCUUCCAAGAAACGCAAUGAGCCGAUGAGAGAGUAUAUGCUCAGCAAGAUUUCUUUUGUGGGGUGCAUUGUCGUACUUGGCAUCGCUUUCUAUUUCUGCCUCAGAUCAGGGAAUCCAGCUAAAUCUGAACUUGUCGCUUUAUGUCAACUUACAAUUCUUACCGGCAUGUUGUCAUCAAAUAAAGCUUUGCUUAAUAACUUCAUGCCUUAUUUUGAAGAGGACAGGAAUUGA